AUGGGGCCGCAACCUUGCCCUCCACUGCGACCCGCUGGCUCGGGCGGCUGCUGGCUGGACCCGUGGGCGGAGGGGUCGACGCUCGGACCCUACGCCCGUGCCGCGCGCAGCCGGCUGCUGGCCGUGUGCGGCGCUGACUCAGCCCGCCGGCUACCGCAGCUGCAGCUGCCGCUGCCGCGCUCUGGCAGCGCAGCCGAGCCGGCCUCGGACUCGUUCUCUUUGUUGUUGGCAGGCCUGGCUCCAGAGUUCCACCGCCACAGGGUGGUCCGCCCACGCAUGUUCCACGCCCGUGAGAAGAGGGAGAUCUCCAGUUCUCGCCAUCCGGAAGGGGGCCACAUCCAUGAUCUCACCGUUGGAUUUGUUGUAGAUGGAAAAAAUUUUAUAUUGGAUCUUCGCCUAAACAGAGAACUAAUUCCUGAUACAUACUUCGAACGUUACCAGCACAAUGGCAAGCAUGUAAUCAACAGACCAACAUCUAAGGAAACAGAAUUGUGCCAGUACCAAGGAAAGUUGCGUGGAUACAGCAAUUCAUGGGCUGCCAUAUCAACUUGUAAUGGUUUAAGAGGUGUCAUAUUUGAUGGGGAACAGAUGCACUACUUAGAAAGAGGCCCAGCAGAUACCGAGAUAGAAGAUGCUGGCGGAGGAGGGGAUGGAGAUGGCGGAAGUGAGGAACUAGAAUCUCACAUUUUGUACAGCCAUUCAGAUCUUAUUACAAACCAUACAUGUGGUUACCAUGACACUCCUCAUGAUGUUAUAAUAAGUGAAGAAUUUAACAGAAUUCUCAGGUAUAAAAGGGAGGCUGAGAUGGUACGAGGACCAUACAAUGCAGACAAAAAGUCUCGUUUUGUAGAACUGGUUCUAGUUGUGGACAAUAAGGAAUAUAAAGCACAUGGAGAAAGCCGACAUAAUGUGUAUGAACAUUGUAAGAAUAUUGCGAACAUUAUCAAUGCAUUGUAUGUCCCACUUAAUAUUUUCAUUGCAUUGGUUGGUGUAGUCGUGUGGACAGAAAAUGAUGAAAUCCAACUUUUGUCUAAUGGAGAUUCUACACUCACCAAUUUCCUUACAUACCGUCGUCAGAGACUUGUCAAAGAACACCCAAAUGAUAAUGCACAGCUUCUUACGAGAGUGCAGUUUGAGGGUGGUGUUGUGGGGAAGGCCCUCAAGGGACCAAUCUGCACAUAUGAAUUUUCUGGUGGUGUCAGUAUGGAUCAUAGUAGUGUGGUCGGACUAGUAGCAACAACAGUGGCACAUGAAAUGGGUCACAACUUUGGAAUGGAGCACGACACAGCAGAGUGCAAGUGUCCAAGUGAGCGCUGUAUAAUGGCUCCAUCUUCCAGCUCAAUGAGUCCAACUCACUGGAGUUCAUGUAGUUUGGAGUACCUAGCUCUAGCAUUUGAGCAUGGUAUGGAUUACUGCUUAAGAAACAAACCUAAAAGUCUAUUUGAUGGCCCAGUAUGUGGCAAUGGAUUUGUGGAAGCCGGAGAGCAGUGUGACUGUGGAUUACCUGAACACUGUGACAAUCCAUGUUGUAAUGCCACAACUUGUAUGCUUUUCUCUAAUGCUUCUUGUGCUACAGGGGAAUGUUGUGAUCUGAAGACAUGUCAUCCAAUGAAGGCAGGGACAAUGUGCCGUUCUGCUGACCAUGAAUGUGAUCUUCCAGAAUACUGCACAGGCCAGUCAGAGUAUUGUCCUGAUGACGUGUACAAGAUGGAUGGGGAAGUGUGUGAUGGGGGAAAAGCAUUUUGCUAUCAAGGUUCUUGCCGUACGCAUUCUGACCAAUGUCGUCUGCUGUGGGGCCCCUCAGGGAAGAGCUCUGACAUGCAAUGUUAUGAAAUGAAUGAACAAGGCAAUCAAAAUGGCAACUGUGGAUUUGAUCGCUUGAACCGCUCGUUUCACAAAUGCACAAAAGAAGACAUAUAUUGUGGUAUGCUACACUGCAAGCAUCUGAAUGAGAAGCUUGAAUUUGGAAUGGAAUCAGUGGCCAGGCUGGCACAUUCCUUUAUAAAUGCUGGUGGAAGCCUUAUCCCCUGCAGAACUGCCCUUGUUGACCUUGGUCUCAAUGAAGUUGAUCCAGGCCUUGUACCAAAUGGAGCAAAGUGUGGUGAAGGAAAGAUGUGUGUGAGCCAGCGUUGUAUGCCAGUGGGCUCACUGCGAGCUGCAGCUGUGUGCCCCCAGAACUGUAAUGGUAAUGGUGUCUGUAACAGUCGAGGUCAUUGCCACUGCACUACAGGAUUUGCUCCUCCAUUGUGUGACUAUCCUGGGACUGGUGGCAGUGAAGAUAGUGGACCUGCUUCAGAUCCAAAUGGAAGAAAAGAUGUAAUCACAGCAAUGUACGUGAUAUUCUUAGGAAUUGUUCCUUUAGUCGCCAUAAUUGCUGUUUUCAUUCAUUACACACGGCGAAAUGUGAAGUACUGGUGGAAGAAGAACAGCAGCAUCCCAUCUUCGACCAUUACAAUGAAUGGAAGAGGCCCUUCAUCGAUGAAACCUUUGGAGAAGAAAAACGGUCAACUACGGAGAAUAAGCCGUGGAAAUUCCUUGGCAUAUCACCCUGAUAAAAGCAAUGGAUUGGAAAUUUCUGCUCCGCUUCCUGCUGACCACCGAAGUGCUUCUGAUAGUGCUCAUGCUUCUCUGCUUCCAGCACAUGACAGCAGUUCUGGAUCACUUACUGGUUCAGCAGCAUCAACAAAUACAAACAGUUCAGGGAAUCUUCAGAAUAAUUUACUUGGACACUUUAAAGGCUUCACAAUUACACCACUACCCUCUUCGUCAGAAGGAUCUUCGCAGAUUCAUUCACCACCUGUGAGGACACUGGCCUCUCCAGUUUCUCCUCCAGUAGUCCCCUCUGUCGCCAUACUCCCUCCAAAGCCAACUAAUUUUCCUGCAAGGUCAAGUAAUACAUGUGCCACAGCUGCACAGAAUAACUUUAUUCCUGCAUCAGCACCUCUGUCCACAUCAGUAACGAGUGCACCUGUGUCUAGACCAGUUAUUAGCAACCCAAUUCUUGAUGCAACUACUUGCACUGCUAAGGAGCUUGUUGCUGCUCGAGCAGCACCGUCAGUACCUACAAGGCCAGCGCCUCAAGUUCCUCCUGCAAAUAUAACUUCAGACACCAAUACCAGUUCAAAUAAACCUCCCAGGCCUGUGUCUAUACCUAACACAUCUGCUGUUAAUAUGUCUGCGUUCUCUUCGUCAUUAGAAGACAGAAAAUCUAAAGAAAAUGGUUCAAGCUAUCCCACACUUACUCGUAUUGCAUCUUUUAUGAUGCGCCAAAAUCCAGUAAAUAGAUCACAGUCUAGUGCUCAUGGAACAGGCCAUAAUAAUGAAAAGAAACUGAAAAAUAAACUAGGGGAUGGCACAAACUCACUUCCUAGAACACACCAUCAUGCUGUUAAAGCCGCUAAACUUCAAAUUGAUCGUGAUACACUUAGAAACUUGCAGAUUUCUGAGCCAAUACCACUGCAAGAAAUAGAAGUUCCACAGAAUGCAUUGCCAGUAAGAGCUGCUGCAUCAGUAUCAAAUGAAGAGCCCAAUAAGAAUGUUGUCAUGCGAGCUCAGAGCAUGAGGAGCACAGGAUCGGUUGUGCAGAGACCGGCCAUUCCUACAUUUGGAUCAAUGAGACAGUCUUCUGCCACAAAGAGACCUACAAGCAUUCCAGCCGGAAGUCGUCCUACAUCACCUCCACCUCGGCCACCUCCACCUCCGACAACCAAAGCUGAUGAAUUACAUACAGGAAUCAUAGGACUACCAGGCUAUCAGAACCCACCUGCAGUAAACAAUGGUGAAUAUGCUUAUGAUGACUGCUUAAAUCUCAUACAAGAAGGUUCUGCCCCAUUAGCUAACAUUGAUGAAGAAACAAGUCCCGUGAGUGCUGACAACAUAUAUGCUGUGAUUGAAGAAAGUCCUCCUGAAAAAAGUAGGAAGAAUACUGAAAGAGGCUUUUCAACAACUGCAAAGACAACAAAUGGAAACACAAAAACAGCUGAGAAAUCUGAGUAUGCUGCACCCUCAUUUAGUGAAUACCAUUCACCAAAACCACUGGAAAACAGUGUUUCUGCUGGGAGUGCUGAAUCAGUUGGCCUGCUUUCUGAGAUAGUAAAUGAAAUUCAGGCAAGGAAUAUGGAAUCUAUAUAUAGUAGUUCUACUGUUGCCAGGGGAAAGAAAGAAGGUGACACACACAAAACGGAAGACGAUGAUGCUUCUUCUGCAGUAACAGGCAUAGACUCUUCAGUGGCUGGUUCGGGAUCACCACAACCUUUUCCUGAAAAAUUAAGUGCAGUAGCUUCUUCUAACAGUUCUUUGGGCACUUACGUAAAUGCACCAUAUGCCAGCAGCAUAUACAGAUCUUCUGCCAGCACAUAUAGUAACACUUCACAGAGUGGAGUGGGUCCUCCAAGCACAAAGGCUUCAAACAGUUCAUCCAGUUCCAGUAGUGGCUACCUGAGUCCAUUAGCUGUCAAUUCUGGAUCAAUGGGCACUACAAAACCAAACACUUUAAGCAGUAAGCCUGGCGAUUUUAGCACUUUUAAGACUACUCCCAGUCACUCAGCAGCAUCCACAACAGAAAGUUUUUCUAAAAGUUUCGAUGUGUCAUCAUACAAACCAUUUAGCUCUUCUCUCCAGCGUUCUUCUGGCCCAUUGGCUGCAGCUUUCCGUUCAACACCACAAAAUGCAGGAAGUGCUGAACUUGAUACAAAAGCCAACAUCAAUUCAGAAAAUAAAGGUGUAGCCCCAGCAUUAAAAUCUGAAAGUGUUUCAUCACCUUCAACAGUAACAGAUGCAAAAAAAUCAUCAGAAUCUGUAACAAAAGCACAAAUAGGCAUAAAGAAUGAAAAAAUAGCACCAAAGCCUGCAACAGGUGCAGCUGCCCUGAUCAAAGUGUCAGGUCCAGUAGCUGCUUCUGCAAAUGGAACUCAGAAACCUACUUCUGCAAUUAUCACAAAAGGAAAUGUAGUAACUUCUCCUACUAGCUCUACUUCAAGUAAAAAUAAAACGUCUGUUAGCAGUGUUAAAACUGGUAAUGUAAAUAAUAGUCCUGAUGUAGUUUCUAGUUGUUCUGUUGUUGAUAAUGGAUCUGCAGAGAAAUCUCCUGAUGUUGUAAGUGGAAAAGGUAGUAGGUCAGGUGCUAGGUCUCCUGAUGUGGUGCCAACAAAUGUCGAUAAAUCGCAAACACAAAUAAGUCAAAGGACUGCUGGACGCUCAGCAACAAAUAAUAACAAAAGUGCACCAUCUAUCAGUGCUUCUAAAGCUUCUAGUGCAACAGGGCUAGCAAAACAACCACAAAUGACAUUAGGGAAGACAAGUGUUUCAGGGAAACAACCCCAGACAGCUCCAAAGCCAACAGUACCAAGAUCUGUUAGCAGUGCAGCAGAUAAACGGAAUGUGUCAAACAGUGGCAAGGAAAGUGGUAUCAGGACAGCUGGGAAGGGGCCUACUGUUGCAAGGUCAGCAUCGGAAUCUUCUGGUAAUCGAACAAUGCCCACUGGUGCUCGCCAGGCUGCCAGCAAGCUUUCCCAUGUUGCAUCUUUGCAACAAAAAUUUGAAACUGUAUCAGAAAAGAACACUGGGUCUGUAACGAGCUCAAGAGUACCCUCAAAUGCUUCAAAUAAAGUUAAACCAUCCUCACCCAGUGCAAGUUCAAAAGCCAUUUCUGAUUCAGGAAGAACUGUUUCCUUUAAAAAGUGAAGGAUAUGUGUUUUUGUUCUAGAGUUAACACUCUGAUUCUUGUUACAAUGAAGUAUGAGGCUUCAUAAGCAAGGUGACUGCUGAAUGCCUAAUUCAGUGAGAAUAUGACUCGCAUGGCCAUCAAAUGAGAUAAGUGUCUUAUGUAACUUUUAUAUCUUUUCUGGCAUUUCUCACAGAACAUUUUGUUUCCAUUUUUGAAGUUCUGUAAUGGUGCUUAUUGUAAUGAAGAACUAGAACUCAUAGCAUCUAUGUGCACAGAAUAGUCGAGAAAUUGAAGUUAGACUAACAAUGCUGAGAGACAAAGUAAUGAGCAUUGUAGGACAUGUGCCACUGAUUUGGCUGCUGUGUUGUAUUUAAGAAAAUGGCUCUGUACCGUGUACUGUGGUGAACUGAUUAAUGUAUUUUUUAGCCUAGGACUGAAAAAUUUUAAUCUGGAGAAACAAAAUCAAAGCAUUCCUGUUACAUUCAUUACCAUAUUAUGGUAUCCAAAAUAUGUUUCUUAUUUUGAUGAACAAUUUAAGAAACAAUGUUAAUUUUCCAGAUCACUUUUAUGUGUUACAAGAAUUAUUGGAACUAUGAAAACAUAGUGGUGCAAUGUGUCAGACAAUUUUAAAGUUCUGUUAAUGCAUAACAUAUACUUUUUAUAGCAGAGUUUUCAACUUGUUGAUUGUUACCAAGGUACUGGUAACAGGUUUGUUUAAAUGUUUACAUGACAACUGUGAUAAUAUUUUUUUAUUGUGUAAAUUGUUUACUGUUAAUGUAAUUUGUAUAAUGGUAUCUAGAGCAAUGCUUCAGUUCGUAUUUAUCCAGUACAGUCACAUUGAACAUUGGAAGAAACAUAAGAGGAGAACAGUACUGCAGUUCUUUUAAUGAUUAAGAAAGCUUAAAAGAAACCAUUUAUGUAAUUUACCUUUUUGCCUUGCAGUCUUGAAAUGGCAAGUUUCUUUUCAAAAGUUGAAAUCUGGCUAAGUCAUAGAGCUGUUAGUGCAACUCUAAAGUUGGUAUUAAGUAUUGCAGUAGGGAAAUAUAUGUCCUUGUCCAGUAAAUGUGACACUUAAGGCAGGGAGAGGUAUAGUUUUACCUUUUUUAUGAAUUACAGGAUAUACAGUAUGAACAAAUCAUUCCACUUUCCUAUCAGAUGGAAACAGCUGUUAUUGUUGUUAUGUUAACCUUUUCUCCCCUUUAUAAAAUAAGCUAAUUUCUAUAAUGUAGUGUGUCAGCUUUGCUUGGGAAUUAUUGUUGGUACUAAAAUGCUGAUGGAAGGAUCUCCAUUGUUUCAACACUUUAAAAUGUUUUUAUUCCACAUAAAACUUGAACUACAGUUGUAGUUAUUUAAUUGGGGGAAGCAGUUGCUCCUGUAGGCUUACACAUUAUUGGAGGAGAUCUUGCAGUAAAAGCCUAGUUAUGUGCAACUGUACAUCACAUUUGAAAGUUUGAAUAACUGUUGUUUUAGGUAGAUUACUUAUCUGAGGUGCCUAUAAACAGUGUUGCACAACAGCAAGGGACCAUUUAGUGAGGUUUUAUUACAUUUCAUCAGUUUACUUUAAAUAAGAGUAUAAUUAUGGUUCUCUUUACAUGCUUGUAUCUGCAUGUGAUAGCUACAGAACUUUCUGUGCUCAUCCAACUAUUUUUUACAUCACAUUGUCUGUAAAACAUGUGUAUUUGAGAUACAGUUUGUAUCCAGGAUAGCAUAGACAAUCUCAGAAUUAAAGUGGAUUCAUUGUCCAUUAUUGGUAUUACUGCUCUGAGUUUUUUGCAUCACAUGCUGACAGAACUUAAGAACAAAACAACAAUUAGUUAGCAGCUACAAGAUCACAUUCAGAAUUAAUUUAAACUAAUUACCUGUGAGAGAAAGAAAGAGGCUGGUACUAUUCUUCUGAUAAUUUCCUGUUAAUUGCCAAUGCUAACAUAAAGUGAGUGCCAAUUCGAGCUUCAGUGAAUUCAUCCAUGUCAGACAGUGCCUCAGUACACAAUUUGUUGAGAAAUUCCUUCAGAGUUAUCAAUUUUAAUUACACAGUAUUGCUUGCACAUCUCUUUUUUACAAGUCUAUCACCUUGAAGAACUGUUGUUGUUUGCAGAUUGUUGAAACUCUUCUUAAGCGAGUUCUGUGUAUGACAACUAGACUAAAAUAUAAGACAUGCAGUCACACUUCCACUAAUCAAAUUCCUUCACAUGUUGCAUAUUUAUGGACCACUCAUUGAAUCACUGUACAGUUUUCCUCUUACACUGUUAUUCUGUUCCAUAUCACCUACAUUUGCAUCUGGUAUACUUGAUCAACACAGAUGUUGCCAUUUUUAUGUUGCUAAUAGUAAAUUAAAGUUAUGAAGAGAAAGUAAUCACACUUUUUUAUUGCAUUUUGAAUUAGACUGUUCAUCUGAAGAAAACUUCUGAACAUCUUGAUUAUUACUGUUCAAGAAUGCAUUGUUUUUCAACCAUACUUGAAAUGUAAUUUUUUUUAUCACAUGUAAGUGAAACAAUAUUUUUGACCAUUUAUUAUUAUCUUUAGAAAUACAGCUAUAUAGUGGUUUUAAUCGUGUCACAAUCAUGCAGGGUAUAUAUUUUUAGUGUUUUUAUUUCAACCCAAAGGUUUAGGGAUGGAAAAAAAUUGUUGCUGUGGAGAAAAUAAUCUUUAGGUGGCAUUUGUGUAAUUCACUAUUCAUUUAUUGACUCUACAGUUGUUUAUAUGUUGUGAUAUGGUUUUAUCAGUUUUAUAUCUAUACUAUUCUUCUUUAAUCGAGAUGACAUAGAACCACAUUAUACAGGGGUAAGAGGGAUGGAGAAGAAAAACAAAGCAUUAUUAAUAUGAAAAAUGAAGGGAGAAGUCUUUAGAAUGAGGCAGCACGUGGGUGAGAAUAUUGGUUGAAGCUCUUAGUGGUGAGGUGUUUUUGGUGAUGACUCAGAUGUGUGGCCUUGGUGCUAAAAUAGGAUACUUUUAUAUUCAUGUCCAAUAUCUAAUUUUCUUCCCUUUUUUGAAAUAUGAACCUAUUUUUUUAAAUCUAUUACUUCCCUUGAAUGUAGGUUUUGUGUCAUGACAGACCAUAAGUUGCAUUUUCAUUAUUAUUUAAAGUAAAAGUAGCUUCAGUUCCUGAGAGAGACUUUUUGCAUUUUUAAUCUGAAUUGAAUAACCACUUUACUCCAUCUUCUUUGUUUCAGAAAACAGUAUUUCAUUUCAUUUAGUUGUGUGGUGCUCUUUAACUGUCAAGCAUAUCAGCUAUUUGAUAUAUAUGAAUGUUGUGUGUGGUGUUAAUUUGGAGAUGUGUACCCACAUAGUAGCUCUUUUGUAUAAUGAGUGUUAUUUGAUAGUGUAGUUGUCAGCAAUUGGCUGUAUUUAGAUCUGAUACAAAAAUUCAGAUUUAGACAUAAUGGAGUGUGGUUAAAUCUUAUAUGCAGUGGCAGAUUUGGUGUACUAAACACUGGCCAAUUUGUACUGGUGCUAUUGACCUGGAGCAUAGAAUAACUAUUUACCAUCAAUGGAAAUCUACAUUUCUUCUGGUAGCAGUUUUAAGCUACUGCAAAUUGUUCCUUUUUUUUGGAAGAAAUAUUUUAAUGAAAUAUUCAAUUAAGAGUUCAGCUUCAUUAAUUUCACUGUGUUUUUGAUAUCUUUCAAAAGACACUCUUUAUUAUAGACUCAUGGGUAAUGUCACUACUAAGAUUUUGGAAGAAAUUUUGUUAUAUGGAAUUGCCAGGGCAGGGGAGGAGGGUGUUCAUGUGAAGUACAUAAUCUUAUUGGCAUAACAGCUGCAUCAGAUGCAAGUGCUUUGGGAGUUGUAUGUGCUCCAAAACUACUGUAUUCAAAUAAUGUACUGCGACUUCCACUGUUUCCAAUGAAUUUUCGUAAAUUACAAUAUUCAUCAAAUUUGCAAGAGCAAUACAAUAGAAUAACAAUUGACACCAAAAUUGGCUGUUUUGUGGGAGCUGAGACACUAAAUAUAACCUUUCCCUUGUUCUUGUAUCUAUUUCUAUGAUGAACAUAUCUGCAAACAAAGAAGAUGUGAUUCUUAAUUCAGUGUCUAUAAAGAAAGUAUAGUCCAAAAAAUAAAAUGAAUCUGCAUAGGUUUCCAAAGCUUUGUAGGGUAAUACUGCAUGUAGAAUAGCUCUCUCUCUCUUUCACCCCCCCCCCCCCCCCCCACCCUGUGUGUGUGUGUGUGUGUGUGUGUGUGUGUGUGUGUGUGUGUGUGUGUGUGAGGGAGCGAGGGGGAGGGGGGUCACGCACACAUCAUACAUGUUCUGCAAGUGUGUGCCAGAAUUAUUGUGCAAAAUCUGAUGUAGUUCAUGUUACUGAGACAAGGGCAAGAAAAAAAGAACUCACUGUGGUUUGAAUAUUCUUACUUCUGCAAUUAUCUUAAUUUUUCCCUCGAAUCUCAAAAUGCAAUAGAGGUGGCACAGUUAAAUUAGCACUGGAAUGUACUUACUUAUCAACCCCAAAAAUGAAUCUGAAACUUCGAAAACUAUAUUCUGAAUUGUAUCAGUUCUUAUCAGUAAUGGUGGAAGCAAUGCAAUAAGCAGUCUCAAAUGCUGGCAUGCAGGUGUUCUAAUUCCUUUGUAGUUGAACAACUAAGCUGAAACGCAGCACUCAUCUCCAUACAGUAUGUUUUAUGUGACUUCAAUGAUGUGAAUUACUUUUCAUUUAAUAUUCGUGUAUAGAAUCUAUAUUUUUGCAACAAUAUGCAAGUUUCCCACUUAGAAACACAAUAAUGUGAUGGCUUAGGCUUUAUACGUUUGUCUAAUGCUUGAGCUCAUGUCCUGCUUGCAACCUGUAUGCAUUUGUAUGUAUAAACCUGACUAAUUUAUAUUCUGCUUUAGACAUACUGUUCUCAUAUCAUUAAAAUAUAGUGUAGUAGGAAGUGCCAUAAUGUUGUUCCAAGUGGCCCUUUUUGUCAUGUGCAUCAGGAUAAUUACCUGGGGUGGCAUUGAUUCUCAUGCUAAUAUUGGCUAUAGAACAGUCAGAACUGAGUCCGUUACAUGUUGGUUUUGUAUGUACUUAUUUGGCAAAAAGGCAGUACAUCCAUUUCUGUGUUGUGCUACACCUUCAUCUCUAUGGAGAACAGCUGUCAUUUCCUGCACUUUAUUGCAGAAAAAAAUACGAAUCUCAAUUCUCGGGAAAUAAUUUUGCUUUGUUCCUUUCCAUAUUUUUAGUAAAAUGUCAAGACUUCAGUAUUUAUGUAUGUGUGCUCAUGCUUCGAAAUAACUAACAAAUGUUAGGAAGUUGAUCUCUAAGUAGUGGAUAUAUUUAAUGUGACUUUCUGCAUCUGAUGAAGAUAUUUUGUUAAUGCUAUAUUGUAGUAACUUCAACUGAUGGUGGUAAUGAUUCGCAUCUGCUAAGGCAGUCAAACAAGUGAUGAAUUCUUUGAAUAUAUUUUUUUGGUCAUACAGCAUACUAAAAAAUGAGAUCUGACAUCAACAACAAUAACACAGUUAUUUUUCAUUUAUAUAAAAUUGUUUGUGACACUUCAGAACAGUGAAUUAAAAACUACUGAUAAUGCUGAUUGAGUUAAAUUUUAAGCUCAUGUCUCUUAUAAAAGUAUUUUACGACAAGUUUUCCUUCUGAAAGUAUAAUACUUCUCUAUUUCACUUUAAAUUUGAAGGUAUCUACUAGAGAGUCACUAUUAUUACCUGUAAAACUAUGUAGAUUUUGCUGUUAAUUAUUAGCACUGACAAUCCAGAUUUGAUGAUUAUAUUUUCCUACAUGUCUGUGAGAUAUGGAUUUUUCUAGCAUGUCAAUAUUUGAUUCUCAGUGUACUUUGUAAAAAUGCUCUGCCUGUACUAUUAUUAAUGUAUCAGUGAUACUCAGAUGUUAAUACCAUGUCAGUGUAAAAAACCUUGUGUAUAUGGUAUAUGUGUGUGUGCUUCAUAUUAUUUAUUACAAGAUUGAAGUUUGGUGUACUAGAGCAGCAUAAUUCCUCUGGAUAUGGUUGCAGUGAUUUGUGCAUUAUACAUAAACUUGAUUAACUUCGUCAUGUCAUGUUUGUAUAAUUGUCUCUAUGGCAAAUUUUACUGCUAUGAAUUCUAAACUGCUAUGAUUCGCAAAGAAACAUGCUGUUGUUCAGCUCUAUGAAGUGUGUAACAAUCACACGAGUGCUGGAGAAGUUGAUGCAAUGACAGUUUACACAUGUUGUAAUAACAAGAUUGCCUUUCAAAAACAUCAUUUAUUUUGAAAGUGGUAUGUCUUAAUUAGAUUAUUUUAGCUGAAAUUUCAACCAGUUGACUUACAAAUGAAUUAUGCUGCCUGAGUAUAUACAGUCAAUGAAAUGUUGUGUAAUGAAAGAUUGUUGUAUGUUACAACUGGUUGUCAUCAGAGUAUAUUAUCGGGAUUGUUGAUUCGAGUAGGGAAUGGAAACAUUAUGGAACAGCUUCAAAGUUCACCAGUCCUUAUGUGACACUAAAGGAUUUAUGUUUUUCUAUAUUGUACACCGUAUGUAUUAAUUUUUUAAAUUAUUUUGUUGUAUAAAUACCAAAGAUUUUUGUAUUAUAAAAUGGUGCACAAAUGA